CCCGUGUAAGAUCUGUUACACCUUCUUACACAGAGAACCAACCAACUUUGAAGAUUUUAUGAAUCAGGUUUCACUUCGUUAACAUGUCGUCUCCUGCAGAAUUCUACAAUUCUCUUCCUCCUAUCAGCAAAGCUUUUGGGACCAUAUGUGUGGUGGCCACUGCAGCUUUCCAUUUGGGAUUGUACAGUCCCUGGAGUAUAGCGUUGUUUUAUGGACCUGUUUUCUCCAAGUUUCAGGUGUGGAGGCUUAUUACGAAUUUCUUUUUCCUCGGAAAAUUUUCCAUCAAUUUUGGAAUUCGUCUUCUAAUGAUAGCCAGAUAUGGUGUCCAGCUUGAAAAAGGUCCAUUUGAGAGGCGGACAGCAGAUUUCCUGUGGAUGAUGAUUUUUGGUGCCAUAACAUUACUGGUGUUAUCAGCCAUUCCGAUGUUAUGGACUCCUUUUUUGGGGGUUUCAUUGGUGUCCAUGCUUAUAUAUGUAUGGAGCAGAGAGUUUCCUAAUUCCCAAAUUAGUAUAUAUGGGCUUGUCACGCUCAAGGCAUUUUAUUUUCCAUGGGCCAUGCUUGCUAUUGAUGUUAUAUUUGGUUCACCGUUACUACCAAACUUUCUUGGAAUCAUAGCAGGGCAUCUAUAUUACUUCUUGACGGUGCUACAUCCUCUUGCUGGUGGAAGAAAUAUAUUAAAGACUCCAAUAUGGGUGCAUAAACUUGUUGGCCUUUGGAGAGUGGGAUAUCCAACAAAUACCCCUGUCCAGACAGCAAGUGGUACUGGUGUGGCUUUUAGAGGGAGGAGUUAUCGGCUAAAUUCAUCCUCUGGUAGACCAUUUUCCAUCAGAAACUUGUGGUCAUCUUGAUUUCUGAAGAAUCUAUACUACUGUUAACAACCUUCGUUGAUAUGCUUUCAGUCGUGAUGCUAAUUAAGAAAAGUCCAAUAGUGGAAACUAGAAAGAGUAUUGAACAGAUUUUUUUUUUUUUUUUUUUAUUUGUUUGACAAUUCUUUGGCUGUUUGUAGCAUAUUUGUCAUCUGAAUUGCAGCUUGAAGAACCAAAAGGAAUACGGUAAUCUGAAUAAUGUUAUAUGAUCUUUCUCAUUGAAUGUGAUAUUUGCUGUUAGGAAUA